AUGGAGGCAGCCGAUACCAUUUCACCGUCGAAUAUCGAAUUAGAAGAGAAGCAAAAUGAUGGAUUAGCUGUUAAUCGAGAUAAAAAAAGAACACGAUUUAAAAGUCCGAUAAGACAUAUCUUCAAGCCGAAGAAGAAUGAUGAAAGUUCAUCAUAUUAUCGACUUCAGGAAGAAAAACAAUAUUCAGAUUUACAGUUCAAAGAACCAUCCGUGAAAGUACCAGUCUAUGCGAUUAGCUUAGCUGCCGGCCUUUUUCUUGUUGGAACAGUGAUGAUAACAUUAGGUGCACUAAUGUUAACUGGUCGAAUUGAAACACAAUAUAGUGAUCGCACAUGGCCGUUGAUACUCAUAGGAUCGAUAAUUAAACAAGGGCAACAGCGAGAAACACAAACUGAACGAUGUGUAUGCGAGUUGAUUGUGAUAAAUGCGGCAAGCCGACGUGGAAAGGUUGUGGUCAACAUAUCGAACAAGCGCUAA